AUGGACGGCGAAAAUCCCUCUGCCAGCAAUAUUCCCUCUUCUGCCCCUCCUGUCAUGGCUCGUCUCGACGGUGACCAGGCCGGCGUUCGUGCUGUGGCAUUCCCAGAGGAUGAUCACAUUCGAGAGGAAAAAAUAACUCCUGGCGUACGCCCGAAAGGUGUCGAGAUGAAGCGAACGAUGACGCAAGAGGAGAAAGAUUUGGCAGCUGCAGGUUACGACCAUUUACGCCCGCAAGAAAAGAAAUCUGAGGAGGCUCAUGUCGACAUCAAUGAGCACCAGUACGACUUUGACGCCUUGAGCGAAGCGUUGAAGACAAAUUUCGAUACCAAGGACCCAGGUCAAUCUUUUGGUCUCACGUCGGACGAGGCUAAAGAAAGGCUCAAACGCGACGGCCCCAAUAUCCUGACGCCUCCUAAGAAAAAGAGCGCUUUCAGAAAGUUCCUAGAACGUCUAUUCACAAUGUUCAACAUUCUACUAAUAAUAGCUGGUUUACUAGAAUACGGUCUUUUGGGUUUUGGCUUCCAUGCUAACAUUCAAAAUACGUACUUGGGCGGCAUCCUAAUUUUGGUAGCGUUCCUUAAUGCUGCCAUCGACUUUUACCAGAUUCAGAAAUCUGAGGCUAUUUUGGCAUCUUUCCUCGCCAUGAUCCCGCCUUCUUGUCGUGUUGUCCGCGACGGAACAAUAUCCACUAUCGCCGCUGCCGACCUCGUGAAAGGCGACAUAGUGCUUUUGCGAAGUGGUGACAAAACGCCGGCGGAUCUUGUGCUAUUCUCAGGAACAGAUCUUAAAGUCGACAAUAGUAGUCUGACGGGAGAGUCUGAGCCGCAAGAACGAUUUGCACUUCCCCACGGGAGCAAAAAGCGAGCUGUUGAAGCUGACAACUUGGUAUUCAAUUCGACUUUGAUUGUGAAUGGCGAAGGCUGGGGAACCGUGGUCAGGACUGGCGACCAUACCUUUAUUGGUCAAAUUGCAAGUCUUACUGGAGGAGAAAGCGGUAACGAAAGUCCUCUAGCAGUUGAGAUCGCCCGCUUUGUCGUGAUUGUCUCAUGUAUAGCCAUUCUCUUCGCCAUCAUCUUUUUCGCUGUUGGAAUCACCACUGUGUACCGUGGACACGCCUCUCAAACCGUGACGUUUGCAGUUUCAAUUUUGGUGGCAUUUGUGCCAGAAGGUCUUCCAUCUGUCGUCACUCUGUUGUUAUCGAUCGCCGCCAAACGAAUGGCCAAGCAAAACGUUCUUGUCAAGGAUUUGCAGGGUGUUGAAACAUUGGACAAAACUGGUACUUUAACACGUAAUCAAAUGACGGUAACCAAUCUAUGGAGUGGACGAAAGAUGUCCUCCGCUUUCCAAUCCAACAACGAUGACGAAACCACUGCGAAAUUCUCCAUCGAAUCGUCUGGUAUGAAAGAGAUGGUCGACAUCGCUGCACUCAAUUCGCGCAUAAAGUUCGACAAAAUAGACAUCCCUUUCGAUCAGAGGACGAUUCUGGGAGAUGCAACAGAAACCGGUCUGACUCGAUUCGCUGGCAGACACUUGAACACCGAUUAUGAUAGCUACAUCAAAGCGCAUCCAAAAGUUUUCGAAGUUCCAUUCAACUCGACUAAUAAAUGGGCACUUGUUAUAUUGAAUAAGCCUCACUCCGAUGGUGUUCUAACCGCCUUCAUCAAAGGAGCCCCUGAACGUGUCCUUGCCAAAUGCACCACCUACCUUGAUAACGGCAAAAUGAUACCUAUCACAGAGGAAUUUAAAAAAGAAUAUGACGAGGCAUACGAUUACAUGGCCUCAAGAGGGCACCGUGUCAUUGCCUGCGCUCAGAAACUCCUUCCUGGCGAUGAAUUCCCUGUUAGUUAUCCGUUCUCCAGAAACGACGAGCAUUAUCCCAGUGCGGAAUAUUGCUUUGUGGGCCUGGUUUCGCUCGAGGAUCCCCCUAAACACGGUGUCCGCGAAGCCAUUGGAACUCUACGUCUAGCGGGCAUUAAGGUCAUGAUGGUCACUGGCGACCACCCAAAGACAGCAGAAGCAAUCGCACGGAAGAUCAAUCUGAUCCUAGGAGAUACACGCGAGACACUGGCUAGGAAGACAGGAAGGCCGAUGGAAGAGGUGUAUGAAGAUGAAGUAACUGCGGUUGUGGUUCAUGGGGAUGAUAUCGAUGGAUUGCAGGGUUGGCAAUGGGAUCAAAUUUUUAGCAAGGAAGAGAUCGUGUUUGCUCGGACAUCACCUAAACACAAACUUGAGAUUGUUAAACGUGCACAGGCACUUGGGCAUAUAGUCGGAGUGACUGGCGAUGGCGUCAACGACUCGCCCGCUCUAAAAAAGGCCGACCUUGGCAUUGCUAUGAAUAUCUCAGGCUCAGAUGUCUCCAAAGAGGCGGCCAACAUGAUUUUACUUGAUGACAAUUUUGCUUCAACUGUUAAGGGCGUCGCUGAAGGUCGCCAGAUAUUUGUUAACCUCAAGCGGUCAAUACAAUACACCAUAUCCCAUAGCACUCCAGAGGUCAUUCCUCAGCUGCUUUGCCGCGUAGAUGUUGUUGUUCCCAUACCCUUACCACUUUCAGCCAUUCUCAUUCUGGUGAUAGGUAACCCAUUUUCUUCUCUCAAGCUCGUCAAUGAUGAUGAAACUGACUCUUUUAUGAUGAACGCAGAUCUUGGUUUCGAGCUUUGUGUCGCUUUGUCGUUCGCAUGGGAUCAACCAGAGACCGCCGAUGGACUGAUGCGUUUGAAGCCUCGUAAACCGGUCAAUGAACGUUCCAUCCUGGCUCUCAAAAGACGUGCAUUAGUGCGCUCGAAGACGCUGCGCAGAGACGCCGAAACGCUGGAAGUCAUUCGUCCAAGCAGACUAUCGGCAUGGCUGUCGAAACUGAAAACACCUUUCAAACGGUCUACUUGGGAAGAGUUGUUGGAGUCAAAUGAUAACGAGACCCUUGUGGAUUCCAAGCUGCUCAGUUAUGCUUAUCUGGAGGCUGGGAUGCUUGAGACUCUUGCUUGCUUGGUCGCGUAUUUCCUCGUAUUCUUCAAGAAAGGAUUCUCCCCUUCGGAUCUGAGAUCGGCUCAAAAAAUCGGCGGCUACUUUACCAACAGCAGUCCUGACUUUAUAAACUACCGCGGGCAAUCGAUCCCAGCACAUCAACAAGUCGAUGCACUUGCCCAGGCCCAGUCGAUAGUCUAUCUCUCCAUAUUCAUUACUCAGUGCUUCAACGUCUUCGCAGUGAAAGCGCGCCUCUCCUAUCCGUUUGGCAAGCGCGUCGUAGCGAACAAAUGGAACUUUGCGGGAAUACUGGCUGGAGCGUGUUUGGGCAUGUUCAUCGUCUACACGCCACCGUUGCACGUCGUGUUCGGAGGAUCAUUCCAUCUUUCGCCGCUGUAUUGGUUAAUCCCUGUUGCGUUUGGCGUGCUUUUACUUGCGUGGGCUUCUUUGAGGGUGGUUCUCUUGAGGAAAUCGGUCGAGCAUAUGAAGGUGAAGGAUAUCAAGGGGUUGAUGAUGUUCCCGACUAUGAGGACAAUGAGCAUGCGUUCGAGAGGGUCUCGCCAUUAG